ACCUCUUCCUCUGCCUCUCUCCUUUCUAUAUCAUCCUCCAAGCCUCUCUCCCAUUUCCCUAUCAAACCUCAAAAAACAAAACCAAAAAGGCCAAAUAUGUUAGGCAAAAAGAUGGGUUCUUUCAAGAUGCUAGCCAAGAGGGCAAAGGGCAUGAGUGGAGAUGAUCCUCUGCAAUCACAACUUGAAGGACUGCUCAGGGAGUUUCACAGGGAUACUUCUCCGGCGAGGGCAGCCUCAACUCCAACUGGUUCUUUUGCCAUUUAUGUUGGAGAGGAGAGGGAGAGGUUUGUGGUGCCAACCAGCUUCCUCUCCCAUCCACUCUUCAAAAUGCUGCUGGAGAAGUCGUACGACGAAUUCGGGUCUGAGCAGACGAACAGAUUGGUUGUUCCUUGCAGUGUGGCCACAUUUCAAGAAGUUGUGAAUGCUGUGGAGUGCUGCAAUGGGAAGUUUGAUUUUGGAAAUCUUGUUGAAGAGUUCAUCUAGGAGUAACAAAAAUGUAAGGAUUAAAUUAGCUUCUGAGGAUCAAGGUUCCGGGUAUUAGCAGAUCAUACAUAGGAGUAUCUUUUUGCUAGGUAGGUUGAGCAUCGAAUCCAAAUUGAGAAUGAAAUUAAGACAAAUUUCUGCUUUCUGGGUUUUGUCUUUUUGUAAGUAUUAUACAGACAUUAUCAAGUAUGUAAUAAUGAUGACAGAAAAUU